AUGAAUCGGCAAAUCCCAGAGGGCCGUCCAGGCACGUCGCCUGAGAGUCAACGCCCAGAGGAGAUCACUGGGCUCCUCGGCGUUUUCACUCAAACCCUCCUCCCCAGUCCCGUGAUACAGUGGAUACUUCCGGCAAGACUCCGGAAUAAGAAUCACAAUGAUGUUGUCUUUGUGGGUCAAAGACGAAUCCAAAUCAAAGAGGCUUCUGUGGGUGGCUAUCUUGAAGAUGUGCUCGAAAAACCCGACUUCACCGGCUCCAUCGUUGGAGCUAAAGUCCUCAAUGUCAGUACCCAUCUAUCCUGGGGCUCUCAGCUGCAAACUCAAGAUCCUUCUGCGAGGCAUUAUAUCACUCCAGAAGUCCUCGACACGCUGCCUUCUCAAAUUCUUGUUCUCUCACUGGACAUGAAGCAGCUUGUCUUCCUAUGCUGUUCGCCUUCUUCGCCGAACGAGUUUAUCACGUUCCGUCGACCGUUGCCUGUUGAUGUCAAUCUACCCGAGAAAUUUGGAAAGCACAUUGCUGUUGAUCCAAAGUCUCGCGCUAUCGCAAUCAGUGCCUCGAACAACUAUUUUGGGCUUUUGCGGCUCAAAAAGUCUCGAGAAAUCCAACUCCAGCUGGCUCAGGGCCGUUUGGAUCCGAUCCAAAAAGAAACUUUCUAUCGAUGUGAAGGAAUCAUCAUGUUCAUGGAGUUCCUCUAUCCUAAAAGCGUGGAAGACAAGAAAAUUAUCCUGCUCAUCAUUCUGGCCAAGAAGGGGGCUACAUAUGGCUCGGUCUACGAAUGGCAGGAGGACCAGGACCCUACUACAAGUCCCCCACAACACUCCGAGUUCAAGCUCCUCAGACCAGACAGAAUGCCAACCAUGAUUGUACCACUGACCAAGGAAUCAUCCUUCUUGGUCACUACCACGACGGGCAUGGCUGUGUAUUCUUUGAAAAAUUAUGUUCGGCCCACGCGAUAUCCCCUGAUUGCCCCCAACACCGAAGUGUCGGAGGCACCUCUAUGGACUCGCUGGGCGAGGCCUGCGCGCAACUGGCUUUAUAGCCAGAAAUACGAUGGGCUUUACCUUUGUCGCGAGGACGGCUGGAUCUACCUUCUCGAGUUUAGCAACGAGGGCGAACUCGAACUCACAACCAGCCUGGGCCAGCUUCAUUGCAAUGUCGACUUGGCAUUCGAUGCUCUUGAUAUGGGCCAUGAAGGUGGCGACUUCAUCCUGGCGGCAGGCAGUAUGGGUGACGGUGGGCUCUACAAAUUGGAGGCAAGGGACCAACCCAAAUGCGAACAACGAUUCCUAAACUGGGCUCCAAUCACCGAUGCGGUCAUGAUACGAUCGGAUGCCAAACGUGCGCCGCACCAGCAGGUCUCUCGAGAUCGUUUAUUCGUCUGCUCUGCAUCUUCUUCCUCCCAUGGUGCACUCCACGAACUUCGAUAUGGCAUUGAGGCUCAAAUUGGAUUUGCGGUUCCUCUUGAACACUUGGCGGGCAUUCGAAACCUGUGGGCAAUUAGCGACGACAUCAAUGGCGGCGUCUACGUUCUCAUUACCGAUCCUAUGUUCACUUUACUUCUCUAUUUGGAUCCGGCAGAAGGCAUCGAUGCCCUUGACGAGAAUGAGACGGGCCUGGAUACUGCGCAGACGCUGGCGGCUGGUUCCACUUCUGAAGGUGUACUUGUCCAAGUCACUGAGAAUGCGACACAUCUGUUUGUGCCUCGAAAUCUAUCAUUGAAUACCCGGUUCCCGCACGAACCUGGCACUUCUAUCCUUGCGGUCGAUGUCGACGGUCCGAAUUCGUCCCUGGUCACUGCGGUACGACAGGAUGUCGGGCUGAGCCUUUAUUUUUCCAAUGUCAUUGUGAAAGAUGAUGGAGUCCGUCUAAAUGUUGGUCCGCCGUUAAAGAUCGACUUUGAACCCAUUUGCGUAUCUCUUGAAAGGUUUGGGGAUAUGACUUUUGUCUUUGUGGGCUGUGGAAGUGGUACAUUAAGAGUCUUCCGCGUUGAAAAUGGAGUUAUCACCUACUUUUGCAAGGCGACGGUCAACGUGGGCGACAGUGAUGAAAUCUCGCGGGCUAUCGACAGCCUUGCCGCCAUUCGCGUCACCUUGAACGGCACCCUGCAUGCUUUCCUGCUCUGUGGUCUGCGAAGUGGAAUUCUUGUUCCAUUCGAAGUUGACUUUGAGGGUUCUUCCUUGAUCAAUCUAGUCCAACAAGAACCAAAACGCAUUGGAACCACGUCUGUGUGGGUCCAGAGCAAGGAUGCGUUUGCGCUGCUCGUGUGUGGAGACGAUCUGUGGCGGGUUUCAUAUCCCCUCGACGGACUUCCAUGGGGCUGCAUUUUACAACGAGUAUGGAUCACUGAUCAAAACAAUCCCGCGUACUUCCCCAUUAAGCUCCAUGGCUGCGGGCUCCUCAACCCGCAAACUACAGCGUCAGGGAGCCCCUCGGGACCUCUUUUCUGCUUCGCAGACCGACAGCUUCUGGUUUGUGCUUUGGACAAGGACCCUAAAAUGGUUCCUCGACGCAUUGGUUUGCCUGGAACUGCCACCAGGCUGACUUAUUCAGAACAUCUUCAAAAUCUCCUUGUAUCCUACAGCAUAAGUGAAAUCGAGGAUCCUUUGGCCCCAAACCAUAUCACAACACGGUCGUAUCUUGAAUGCGUCGACCCUGACUCACAGCAUGCUGUCGUUCAUCGAGGAGAAUCGGAUUCAAUGCUUCCCAAAAAUCCGCAGAGCUCCCAAGGCGAGACCAUUAGUUCCAUUUUGGACUGGGUAUUCGAGAAAAAUGGUCAAAAAUAUCAUCUCAUCGUGCUGGGCACCUCCCUCCCAGCGUUGGAUCCACGGGGUCCUCUCAUGGGUCGGGUCAUCAUCUUGCAUGCGAAUCGUGAUCCAUCCGAUCCCUCCCGUGUGAAUUUCACGACUAGACAUGUGCAAACCGUGUCCGGUCCUGUACGUGCAAUUGCGCCUUUCCGUGACAGUCUGAUUAUCGGUGCAGGGAACAUGCUAUUCCCGGUGACAUCCCGCAGUGCGGAGACCAGAUGGACUCGCGACACCGCAAAGAAGCUUCCCUCGGUAGCGGUAGCGAUCACAGUCUAUGGGCCAUUUAUCUUCGUGACCACUGCACGGCAUGGAUUCAUGAUCUUCGAAGCGGUUGAUGGCACACUGAAAACCCGCGAAUGGGACCGAGUGCAGCGUGAUGGCGUGUGCCAUUAUAUUUGCCCAGGUAGUACUCCUCUGGCGUUCAUGGGCAGCCGUGGCGGAAGUGUCCGCGUCUCCAAACUCGGGAGAGAUCCUGAUACCUGGGGCCCUGUUUCGCAUCCCGCAGAGAUCCGCCUCUCGGACACGAUCAUCCGCUUCGUUCUCGACUCCAUGAACGAGCUCACGCCAACGACACCCUGGCAGCGAGGAUCCUCAAUGUUCGGCUUUGCCCUCAAUGGCGCAGUGUACAGAUUCUCCCUGCUGAGGAAGAAUGAGCUACAGCUUCUCUGGCUGUUGCAGAACAUGUGCCUCAAGGACCCAGUCAUCUGCCCCUCUGCACUUGGACGCGAGAGGCGCUUGAAUCCUCUGUGGAGAGAGCCUCGAGGCGACAACUGCCACAUAGAUGGCGACAUUCUUGCCCGUCUUGCUCAGCGUGACCCUGAAUACCUUGAGCAGAUGAUUAUGAAGCUUGAUGCUGGCCGUGAGACUGAAUUCUUCGGCCCUCAUAUCCGUGAACUGGCCACUGAGGUGCUGGGAGAGUCGUGGAAUUAUGUCCGAUACAUUAUUCAUUGGCUUCGUACACUGCUACAGGUGCAGAUUUGA